AUGAAGGCCCUGGCGUUCCUGGCUUUGAUCGGAGCAGCAUUUGCCGUCCCCGAGGGAGACGACAAGAUCGUUGGAGGUUAUGAGUGUCCCAGGCACUCUGUCCCCUACCAGGUGUCCCUGAACGCCGGCUACCAUUUCUGCGGAGGGUCCCUCAUCUCGAGCCAGUGGGUGGUUUCUGCCGCUCACUGCCACAAGUCCCGUAUCCAGGUCCGUCUGGGUGAGCACAACCUUGCUGUGAACGAGGGCACCGAGCAGUGGAUCGACUCCGCCAGGCUGAUCAAACACCCCAGCUACAACAGCUACAACCUGGACAACGACGUCAUGCUGAUCAAGCUGAGCCGCCCCGCUGCCCUCAACAGCUACGUCCAAACCGUGGCCCUGCCAUCCCGCUGCCCCGUGGCCGACGAGAACUGCAUGGUGUCCGGUUGGGGCAACAUGGCCGCCAACGGCGACAACUUCCCCGACAGGCUGCAGUGCCUGAGGCAGCCCGUUAUUGACGACCGGAUCUGCCGCGGCGCCUACCCCCACCUGUUCACCGACAACAUGGUGUGCUCCGGCUUCAUGCAUGGCGGUGCCAGCAGCUGCCAGGGCGACUCUGGCGGUCCCCUGGUGUGUAACGGCCAGCUGCAGGGAGUGGUGUCCUGGGGUUACGACUGCGCCAUGAAGGGACACCCCAGCGUCUACGCCCGCGUGUGCCGCUACAACAGCUGGAUCAGCAGCGUCAUGAGCAGCAGCUAAACGCACCCGCCGGACGCGUACCGCUAGUCAUCGGUGUGCUAAUGUCAACGUGUUGUCCCUUCCACGUCUCCUAAAUCGCACGUUUUGUCGACAACCAACACACAUCUGGAACCGAGAACUCAGAUUAAAACAAAAU